AUGCCGCCCCCAAAAUCCAUCUACGGCAGGUACAGUACCACAGUACCAGAGAACACACCUGCCAGCAUCGCUCAAGGGGAACGGCUGCGAGGAAUAGACUGCUCACCCUGCUUCUGCAGGCCUUUUUAUUCAACGGCGUACACCGCUUGGAAUUUUGCUCCUGUUGACAUCCGUUUUGAAGACUUCGCUGAGAGAAUGGUGAAGCAAAUCCCUGGGUUCUAUUAUGAUCCCGAAAAGAAAAAGUAUUUCAGGAUCCAAGCAAAUCAUCUCGCCCCUGCGGGGUCUCAAUACUCCAGAGACGCUGUCAAGAAGCGGGAGCAUCAGAAAAAGCAACAUGAGCGGCGUAUCACUUUUGGACGUCGAACUGCAAAGGAGAGGGUUAAAAGGGCAGGAUGCCUCACUCAUCCUUUAACUCGAGUGGGAACAGAGGUUGGCGAGCAGCUCAUGCCGGGAUUCGCCAUGCAAGCGCGGCAAGGCAAAGCAUAUGCGAGUCAGCUGCAACGAAGGGAGCUGUGCAAAUUUAGCAGGGAUGGGUCGGAGCUUCCUAUCGCUGAUUUCGCCCGCCAUGAUCGUUCUGGCGUCAUAGUCGCUGGUAUGUGUCUGACACCAAGACAGCGCAUUCGUAUCAUCUCACUCACAGCAGUCAAGGUAUCAACCAGGGAAAUACGUCACAGAAUUUGCCCUCCGUACUCCGGCGACGCUGAUAAAUGGUCGUACCAACCGGCAAGGGAGGCAGUUAUCUCUGUAGAGCAGUACAGGAUGUCUUCCAUUUCCUUGAGUCAUACAGGCUACUUUUUGAUGACUAUGGACAGUGGUCCAAAAGGAGAUUCGUGCCUGGUGACAAGAUUUCUGCCGGAUCCCGAAGUCUAUGGCGCUUAUCCUUGGUCCUAUAAUCAGGUUGUUGCUGCGAGUAAUAGGGUCCGUGACAAGGGGACCUUGUGGUGCUCGGCCGCUCGUCCGACUGGAGAAAAGCCGUAUUGGGCGAUUGGCACGUCUGAUGGCUUGCAUGUAAUGGAGGGACAACAGGGUCAUUGGGUUCUGGGUAAAAGGCGCAUGCCUGGCGGAAGGGCAUGGGAUAUUACGGCCGUCGAGUGGCUCACAUCGGACGUCAUUGUCUCGGGGCUUCGAAAUUCAGCCAUCCUUUUGUAUGAUAUCCGCAGCAACGGCUGGUCUGAGCGGCUCCAACAUGCGCAUUCCGUGGCCAAGGUUCGCAAGGUCGAUGAGUAUCGAUUGGUGGUGGCGGGUUACAAGUCGCUGGAGAUGUAUGAUCUUCGAUAUCCGAAAAACGGCAUGCAAACGAAGCCCAGACCAAAUGCUAAAGGCCACACCUCGACUAAGCCUUACCUCUCCUUUCCGGAUUAUGACAGCGAGCUGAUGCACCAGAUUGACAUCAGUCAAGAACUUGGGCUGCUGGCUAGUUGUACCGAUUAUCACAAAAUCCAGCUGUACUCCCUCGCCGAUGGCUCGCUUGUGCCGUCUCCUGUAUCCAGUUAUCAACAUUUCCAUCCUAUCUCUCGCAUCUGCUUCGAAAACGGCGAUUAUCCCGUCAGGGACGGACAGGCGUCCCGCUUACUGGUCAGUUCCGGUGCUGUGAUUGAGGAGUGGACGUGGUGA